GCAGCGCGGGCGGGGCCACUCCCGCCGGAAUGGAGGACACCCCGGCUGCAGCGCGCCGGGAUAACAUUCCCGGCUUCUUAGUGGCGCUGCAGACCCGGGGCAGACCUGAGAAGGCGCAGGCGCGGGUGCAGGAGCAGGACUUGCGGCAGUGGGGGCUGACAGGGAUUCAUCUACGUUCUUACCAACUGGAGGGAGUCAACUGGCUAGCCCAGUGCUUCCAUUGUCAAAAUGGCUGCAUCCUGGGGGAUGAGAUGGGGCUGGGUAAGACCUGCCAGACUAUCGCUCUCUUCAUUUACUUGGCAGGAAGAUUAAAUGAUGAAAGACCAUUUCUGAUUCUUUGUCCCUUGUCUGUUUUGAGCAACUGGAAAGAAGAGAUGGAGAGAUUUGCUCCAGGUCUUUCCUGUAUAACAUACACAGGUGAUAAGGAAAAAAGAGCCUACCUUCAGCGAGACCUGAAACAAGAGUCGCAUUUUCAUGUGCUGUUGACCACCUAUGAGAUUUGCUUGAAAGAUGCAUCUUUUCUAAAAUCAUUCCCUUGGAGUGUUCUUGUUGUAGAUGAAGCUCACAGGUUGAAAAACCAAAACUCCCUGCUGCAUAAGACUCUCUCAGAGUUCUCAGUAGUCUUCAGUCUCCUGAUGACCGGAACUCCCAUCCAGAACAACCUGCAAGAACUCUACUCCCUCCUCAGUUUUGUGGAACCUGACCUUUUCCCCAAGGAACAGGUGGAAGAUUUUGUUCAACGUUACCAGGAUAUUGAGAAAGAGUCUGAGUCAGGCAAUGAACUGCACAGACUCUUGCAGCCAUUUCUGCUGAGGCGAGUGAAAGCCGAGGUAGCUACAGAGCUUCCCAGGAAGACAGAAGUAGUGAUAUACCACGGCAUGUCAGCAUUGCAGAAAAAAUACUACAAGGCCAUUCUGAUGAAAGACCUAGAUGCAUUUGAAAAUGAAGGGGCAAAAAAAGUUAAACUUCAGAACAUCUUGUCCCAGCUUCGAAAGUGCGUGGAUCACCCAUAUUUGUUUGAUGGUGUGGAGCCAGAGCCUUUUGAAGUUGGAGACCACCUGAUUGAGGCUAGUGGGAAACUUCACCUGCUGGACAAGCUGCUAGUAUUCCUGUAUCCCAGGGGCCAUCGGGUUUUACUUUUCUCCCAGAUGACCCAGAUGUUGGAUAUUCUCCAAGACUAUAUGGAUUACAGAGGCUACAGCUAUGAGCGUGUGGAUGGUUCCGUGAGAGGAGAAGAGAGACAUUUGGCCAUUAAGAAAUUUGGUCAGCAGCCCGUUUUCAUUUUUCUUCUGAGCACCAGGGCAGGUGGAGUUGGCAUGAACUUAACGGCAGCAGAUACUGUGAUUUUUUUUGAUAGUGAUUUUAAUCCUCAGAAUGACUUGCAAGGAGCUGCCAGGGCUCACCGAAUUGGCCAGAGCAAGUCUGUUAAGGUUAUUCGGCUGAUCAGCCAGGACACUGUGGAAGAAAUAGUCUACAGGAAGGCAGCCUCCAAACUUCAGCUCACCAACGUCAUCAUAGAAGGAGGCCAUUUUACUCUGGGAGCCCAGAAACCUUCGGCUGAUGCUGACCUUCAGUUGAGUGAGAUACUCAAAUUUGGUUUGGAUAAACUACUGUCCUCUGACGGGAGCAUCAUGGAUGAAAUAGAUCUGGAGUCCAUCCUGGGAGAAACAAAAGAUGGCCAGUGGGUCUCCGAUGCCUUGCCUGCAGCGGAAGGAGGGAGCAGAGAGCAAGAGGAAGGAAAAAACCAUAUGUACUUAUUUGAAGGUAAGGAUUAUUCUAAAGAGCCUAGUAAAGAAGACAGAAAAUCAUUUGAACAACUGGUAAAUCUUCAGAAAACCCUUUUGGAGAAAACGAGUCAAGAGGGCCGGUCACUCCGAAAGAAAGGCAGUGUUCUUAUACCAGGCCUAGGGGAAGGGUCUACCACGAGGAAGCGGAUUCUGAGCCCAGAACAGCUAGAGGACAGACGCAAGAAAAGACAGGCAGCAGCCGCCAAGAGAAAGAGGCGAAUAGAGGAGAAGAGGAGGGAGAAGGAAGAAGCUGAGCGUGCGAAAAAGAUGGCCUGGUGGGAGUCCAACAAUUACCAGUCCUUCUGCCUGCCCUCCGAGGAGAGCAAGCCCGAAGACCUUGAGGGUGGGGAAGACGAGAGCUCUGCCGAGCUGGAUUACGGAGAUCCAACUUCAGUCAAGUACAUCAGUGGUGAUGUCACCCAUCCUCAGGCUGGGGCCGAGGACGCUGUCAUCGUGCACUGCGUAGAUGACUCUGGCCGCUGGGGCAGAGGUGGUUUAUUCACAGCUCUGGAAAUACGAUCAGCUGAGCCAAGAAAAAUAUAUGAGCUGGCUGGAAAAAUGAAAGACUUGAGUUUAGGAAGUGUCCUUUUAUUUCCUAUUGAUGAUAAAGAAUCAAGAAAACAAGGACAAGAUUUGUUGGCCUUGAUUGUGGCUCAGCUCCGUGAUCGCUCCAAUGUCCUGUCUGGUAUUAAGAUGGCAGCCCUAGAAGAAGGCCUGAAGAAGAUAUUUUUAGCAGCAAAGAAAAGGAAAGCAAGUGUUCAUCUUCCACGCUUUGGACAUGCUACAAAAGAUUUUAACUGGUAUGGUACUGAGCGACUUAUUCGGAAACAUCUGGCUGCACGAGGCAUCCCAACGUACAUAUACUACUUUCCUAGAAGCAAGGCUGCUGUCCUUCAUUCGCAAGCUUCAUCUUCCUUCUCAUGACAGCUGGUGCCUUAACAAUUGGCCUUGCAUCUGAUCCAAUCUUCAGCAACUAGAGCCACUUGUAAUACAGUAUUUCAAAAAGGAAUUAGGAUUUUAAUUUUGUUCUCCUGGAUGUGUCACUCUGGUCCAGUACUUUGUAAUACAGGGAAGCAAAACUUACUUGGGAAAGCCCUUUGUCCCCAAUUUCCAUAGCUAUUUGUGUGAUAAUAAAUUUUCUACCUCUGGUAGUUUCCUUGCUUUCCUUCUCUUAUAUCUAGUUUUCUUCUCCAGACGGAUUUCUUUGCAGAGGAAAAGUCUGUAUGGAUUAAGGAGAUAUGAAAGGUAAUAGAACCAGGGGGUCCCUGGGAGAAGCAGGCCCCUUCAAGCCAAUAAUGUGCUUCAGAAGACAGGCCUCAGGGGCAGAGAUUCUUGAGCUAGGCAAGUGGAGUGCCUCUUGCCCUUUUUGUAUAGCUCAGCAUCAAUAUUUGGAAGCAAACACCUGGGACUAGAGGCCUAUCAAAUGUGACUUCAGUAAAACCAAAGGAUCUUCUCUCCUUUAGCCAAUAAGUCCAAUUCAGCUUCAAGAAAUAAAGGAAUUGUGAAAUUGGUGCAAAGCCAGCACAGAAGGUAUUGAGGAGGGUAAGGGACUGAGAACCACCAGAAGUGGAGUUGUGUGGAGAACACUUGUAAUUCGUGGUUUCUCACACUUUGGUGUAUGAAGUUCCAAUCUUGAGGAACUAUCCCUAGCCAAACUAAUUUCUGCUCUUCUGAGGCCCUCAACACCUGCUGUGCUGCAGAGGCCUUAGCUCUGGGCUUUGAUGCAAGGGAUCCUUGCUGUUGGGUUCAGAGCCAAGACUGUGACUUUCUAAGGAAGAUGGUAGCUUUAGCACCUAUGUUUUACUGUUCUGUGACUUCCCACAUCCUCAGUGUUCAACAGUUGAACAUCUGUGCUGAAGAUCUAUUAAUAUUAGACCCGAACUCAUGAUUCCUUAAUUCUAUUCUCCUAAAACUUCUUGCAUUGAUUUUUAACUACUGUUCCCACCAGCCCCUUAUGUGUAGGUUAUUAUAAUAACUUUAAGCUAUGGACUUCCAUCUAAGUCUCCUCUACAACUAGAAACACAAUUAAAACCCCAGACUGAAACAAAUCAGCAAGAACAAAACAACCCAAUUAAAAAGUGGGCAAAAGAGACAUGAACAAAAGUUUUUUAAAAGAAGAUAGAUAAAUAGCCAAGGAUCAUGAAUAAAAAUGCUAAACAUCACCAAUCAUCAGGAAAAUGCAAAUUAAAACUACAAGGAGAUAGUACCUUUUCUUUUUCAGAAUGGCUGUUACUAAAAUAAAUAAAAAAAGAAAGAUCUUAUAUGGAUGUAGAGAAAAGAAAAUGCUUAUACACUGUUGGUGGAACUUCAAAUUAGUAUAACCUCUAUGGAAAACAGUAUAGAAAUUCCUCAAAAAACUAAAAAGUAGACCUACCAUUUAAUCCAGCAAUCCUACUAUUUGGUAUCUACCCAAAGGGAAAGAAGUCAUUUCAUCAAAAAGAUACUUGUACUUGAAUGUUUAUUAUAGCACAAUUCACAAUUGAAAACAUGUGGAAUCAACCUAAACAGCCAUCAAUUCAUAAUUUUAAAAAAUGUGGUGUAUAUAUACUAUGAAGUACUACUCAGCCAUAAAAAGAAAGUAAUGUAUUUUGCAGCAAUUUGUAUGGAACUAGAGACCAUUAUCUUAAGUGAAGUAUCUCAGGAAUGGAUAAGCAAACACAACAUGUACUCUCUACUAAAUUGUUUGGUACUAAUCUAUGGGGAUACAUAGGCAGAGAGAGAAGUAAAAGUCAUUGGAAAUGAAAAAGGGGGAGUGGAAAGGUGGGGCAGGGGUUGUGCAUCGAAAACUUACUUGACAGGUAUAAUGAAUAUUAUUUGGGUGACGGGCACACUGAUAAUCCUGAUUUAAGCAUUAUAAAAACUAUAACAAAAACAUUUAAUAUUUUGAAAUAAAAAUCACACUGAGAUAUCCCCUCACUUUAGUUAUAAUGGCUAUCAUCAAAAAGACAAAAGAUAACAAGGGUUGGUGAGGAAGUAAGGAAACUUUGCACACUAUUGCUGAGAAUGUAAACUAGCUCCACCAUUAUGGAAAUUUGUGUGGCAGUUCCUCAAAAAGUUAAAAAUAGAACUACCGUGUUAUCCAGCAAGCUCACUACUAAGUCUGUAUCCAAAGGAAAUGAAAUCAGUGUGUCAAAAAUACUCCUAUGUUUAUUGCAGCAUUAUUCACAACAGUGAAGAUAUUAUAUCAACCUGGUGUCCUCCCAUCUGUGGAUGAAUGGAUAAAGAUAACAUGGUAUAUAUACAUAAUGGAAUACUUAUUUAGCUAUAAAAAAGAAGGAAACCUUAUAAUUUGUGACAACAAAGAUGAACCCAGGAUACAUUAUGUUUAGUGAAGUCAGCCAGGCACAGAUAAGACACAGACCACAUGAUAUUACUCAUAUAAGUAGGAGUAAACAGUAGAAUGGUGGUUGCAAGAGGCUUGGGUGGUUAGCAGCAUGGAUGAUUUGGGGAGAUGUUGGUCGAAGGAUACACGCUUACAGGUAGAUAGAAAUAAGACUCAAGAGAUCUAAUAAUGCAUAGCAAGGUGAAUAUACUUAACAAUGACAUUGUAUUCUUGAAAAAAUGAUAAGAGUAGAUUUUACGUAUUCUCACCACAAAAAUAACUAUGUGGUGUGAUACAUUUGUUAAUUAUCUAGAUUCAACCAUUCCACCAUGUAGACUGUUAACUAGUAGAGUCAACCUCGGCCUUCCCCACCUCUCAGUGCUCUAAACAUCAGCUAUGCAAGGAUGUGGGAUACGAGGGACAAGUGCUUCAAAAUACAUUAUACAUGAGAAAUAUAUGCAAUAUUACAUGUAUACAUCAAUUUAAAUUUUUAAAAAAGGAGAAAUACAUAUAUGGGAGAACAGGAAAUAUGACAACAUCUGGAUAAUAGUAGAAGAGAAAUACAGCGUGGCCAUAAAGUUCAUGUGCAAUUUAAAAUAGUUGUCUUAGUAUUAAAAUGGAGAUGAAAAAUUACUUGAAGAAAUAUUGGACUUAAAUUUAUAAUUGAACAAUGAGCUAUUUGAGAGUGAUAGAGCUCAGAGAGCACUACAGAGGGGAGGUAAGAACCCAUGCCUAGAUUUAUAGUACAGAAAUCCCCAAAAGUCUCAGAAUUUUUGCCAUAAAAGACACAUUUUUAAAACACUUGUGGAAGAACUAUUUAAACAGUAGUAAUAAAACAAGCAGAUGCUCUCCUGUACAACUUUUCUGUCUUAGUAACAUGUCUGCCUCAUCCCACUUCAGAAACUUAAGGAGUCUGAGAAUUUUUACUGUCCAUGCACAUUUGGAUAUCUUUAAAAAAUUAUUUUAAAUCAUUUUGGGUACAUAAUAGUUGUAUGUCUUCACAGGGUAUGUGAGAUGUUUUGACACAAAGUAUGAAUUAAACAAGAUUAUAAUUGGGGUAUCUUUCACUUCAGACAUUUAUCAUUUCUUUGUGUUAGGAAUGUUCCAAUUUCACUCUUUUAGUUAUUUUAAAGUAUUAUAGUAUUUAAAGUGUUAUAGUAUUACAGUCACUUUGUUGUGCUAUGAGUUACUGUUCAUUCUAACUAUCUAAUUAUAUUUUUGCCUGAAAAAUAAAACUUAUUUCAAGCC